AUGCACCGCGCGUUCCCAACGAAGAAGGCUGCCCUCUGCUCCCCUGCAUCGCGUCUGUUGAAAGGGGAACAUAUUUUGAGCAUGGCUUUAGAUAAGCAGGUUUUCAUGCUUCAAAUGGAACUUGCAGCUACUAGGAGUUCUCAUGAAGCUGGGAUCUCAGACUCGAACAGCACGGCCACUACCAUGGGGAUAUCCGGGGAAGGCGCUCUUAGGAAGAAGGCCAUUGUAGUGAUUGGAAUAAACACAGCUUUCAGCAGCAGGAAGAGGCGUGAUUCAGUUCGAGAGACUUGGAUGCCUCAAGGAGAACAACUUCUUCAGUUGGAGCGCGAGAAGAGAAUUGUUAUUAGAUUCAUGAUUGGUCACAGGUAAUUGGUUGGACUAUUCUAGUUUAGUGUGACUGGAAAUUAUCUUGACAACAUAAGUUGUUAAAGUUAUCCUUUCCUUUGAAGUUUUAAUGUAUGUUAUUGUGUUUUUGUGUAAUUUCUU